UUCCCAUUGCAAAAAAAGACAAAAUACUAAUAUGUCAGCAAUCAUAACAGAGCUCCUGCUUCAUCAGCAUGAUCCCAUGCAUUUUCAUGCCUCCAUAAAUCCAAACAAAAAAAAAUGGCACAAAGCCUUCGCCACCAUCUACUGCUCCAGAGCCUUCCUCUCCACCACCGCCAUCGCUGUCGUCGUCGACCACCACCUCCCCCACCUCGUCAAGGACAAAAACCUCCGCCAACUCUCCCUCCUCAAAGGCCCCCACGGCGUCGCCGCCGCCCUCAAAACAAACCCCCUCCACGGCAUCACCGGUGACGACCAUGACCUCGCCGCCCGAAAAACAGCCUUCGGCACCAACACCUACCCCUUUCCCCCAUCAAAAUCCUUCCUCCACUUUGUAAUAGAAGCCUUUAAAGAUCCCACCAUCCUCAUCUUACUCGCCUGCGCCGCUCUCUCCCUCGGCUUCGGAAUUAAAGAACACGGCAUAAAGGAUGGCUGGUACGACGGCGGAAGCAUCUUCGUCGCGGUGUUCCUCGUCAUCUCCGUCUCCUCCGUCAGCAACUUCAGACAGAGCAGACAGUUUGAUAAGCUCUCAAAAAUAAGCAGUAAUGUUUUAAUUGAAGUAGUUAGAAGCGGAAGGAGGCAAGAGGUGUCAAUAUACGACGUUGUUGUGGGCGACGUCGUGUGCUUAAACAUCGGAGAUCAAGUCCCUGCAGACGGCCUUUUCAUAGAAGGCCACUCUCUGCAGGUGGAUGAGUCUAGUAUGACCGGUGAGAGCGACACUGUGGAUGUCGAGAUUUGCGUCAAUCCUUUUCUAUUUUCCGGUACGAAGGUGGCGGACGGGUACGGGAAAAUGGUGGUGACGGGUGUAGGGAUGGACACUCUGUGGGGGGAGAUGAUGAGCAGGAUUAGUAAGGAUGAUGCGGAUGAGGAAACGCCGCUGCAGAGGCGGCUCAACAAGCUCACUUCCUCGAUUGGGAAGCUCGGUUUGGCUGUAGCGUUUCUUGUUCUUGUCGUGUUGAUGGUUCGUUAUUUUACGGGGAAUACAGAGGAUGAGAAUGGGGUGAGGGAGUUUAAUGGAAAAAGGACUAAAGCGGAUGAUGUGAUUAAUUCGGUUGUUGGGAUUGUUGCUGCUGCGGUGACGAUUGUUGUGGUUGCUAUACCGGAAGGUUUGCCUCUUGCUGUCACUCUCACUCUCGCGUAUUCGAUGAAGAGGAUGAUGGCUGAUCAAUCCAUGGUGAGGAAGCUCUCGGCUUGCGAAACCAUGGGCUCUGCUACUACUAUCUGCACGGAUAAGACGGGUACGCUAACUAUGAAUAAGAUGAUGGUGACGAAGUUUUGGAUGGGGAAGGACUCCUUUGAAGAUGGAGUGAACAUUGGGAGGAGUGUUGUUGAGCUGCUUCGUGAGGGCGUUGGGCUUAACACGACGGGUGGUGUGUAUAUGUCUGAUGAAGGGGUGGAAUUCUCUGGUAGCCCGACUGAGAAGGCGAUCCUGUCAUGGGCGGUGGCGGAGAUGGGGAUGGAUAUGGAGGAGGUGAAGAGGGGAUGUGAGAUUCUUCAUGUGGAGGCAUUCAAUUCUGAGAAGAAGAGGAGUGGUGUUUUGGUGAAGGGAGAUCAUGAAUUCCAUGUGCAUUGGAAAGGAGCAGCUGAGAUGAUUCUUGCAAUGUGCUCACACUACUAUGAUUUGGAAGGUGAGAAAAAGGAUUUGGAUGAUGAAGAGAGAUUGCAAUUCAAUCAUAUUAUUCAAGGAAUGGCUGCUUCUAGCCUAAGAUGCAUUGCAUUUGCACAUAAACAGAGUGAUGAGGUGAAUCUUGAAACAGAGAAGAAAAUUCAAGAAGAUGGUAUGGUUCUACUAGGUUUAGUAGGGAUAAAAGAUCCAUGCCGGCCCGGUGUGAAGAAGGCUGUUGAAGAUUGCCAGUAUGCCGGUGUUGAUGUGAAGAUGAUCACCGGUGACAACGUGUUCACGGCCAAGGCCAUAGCUACAGAGUGUGGUAUACUCCUCCCGGGUCAAGACCAAGACGGAUGUGUAGUUGAAGGAGCUGAGUUUCGUUCGUACACGGAUGAGGAGCGGAUGGAGAGGGUCGAGGGCAUCCGCGUGAUGGCAAGAUCCUCCCCAUUGGACAAGCUCCUCAUGGUGCAGUGCUUGAAGAGGCUCGGCCAUGUGGUGGCAGUCACGGGAGACGGGACGAACGAUGCACCGGCCUUAAAAGAGGCCGACAUAGGCCUGUCGAUGGGGAUCCAAGGCACAGAGGUGGCGAAAGAAAGCUCUGAUAUAGUGAUCAUGGAUGACAACUUCGCAUCAGUGGUGACAGUUUUAAAAUGGGGGAGGUGUGUGUACAACAACAUACAGAAGUUCAUUCAGUUCCAGUUGACGGUGAAUGUAGCAGCGUUGACGGUGAACUUUGUGGCGGCCAUCUCGGCCGGUGAGGUGCCUCUGACGGCGGUGCAGCUGCUGUGGGUGAAUAUGAUCAUGGACACUCUCGGGGCGUUGGCGCUGGCCACAGAGAGACCGGCAAGGGAGUUGAUGGAGAAGCGGCCCGUGGGGAGGCACGAGGCGCUGAUCAGUAAUGUGAUGUGGAGGAAUCUAAUGGCACAGGCUGUGUAUCAGAUUGGGGUGUUGCUGGUGCUGCAGUUUGGAGGGGAGGGUCUGUUUGGGGUGAGUGAGAAGGUGAAGAAUACUUUGAUAUUCAAUGCGUUUGUGAUGUGUCAGGUGUUUAAUGAGUUCAACGCGAGGAAGGUUGAGAAGAGGAAUGUGUUUGAAGGGUUGCAUAAGAGCAAGUUGUUUGUGGGGAUUGUAGGAGUGACGGUGGUUCUUCAAGUGGUGAUGGUGGAGUUGUUGAAUAAGUUUGCUGAUACAGAGAGGCUGAAUUUGGGAGAGUGGGGGAUUUGUGUUGGGAUUGGGGCACUUUCUUGGCCUCUUGCUUGGGUUGUGAAGCUUAUACCAGUUCCUCAAAGGCCAUUUUUCAGUUAUCUUACUUUCAACAAGUGGAGAGGUGCAUGAAGAAGAAGAAGAAGAAGAAGACUAGGGGAGAUUUUUCAAUUUAUUUAUUUGUUUUUUAAUACUACUAUGAAUAUGAUUGGAUUCUUUUCUUCAUGUUUUUUCAUAUAGUAUAGUUUGGAUUUUGGAAUAUAGUAUUACAGUGAUUUCUUGAUUCAAUAUAAUACCAAGAGUUUAUGCCUUGA